CCAACCAGUGAUAGCAACGCCGCGCUUGAUGAAAGCAGUGCACAGCUGCUUUGCCUUUCAGGAAUUUUGGGACAGCAAAGAAUUUUCGGUACUCCAUAGACGUCUGUAUUCCUGAAAUUUUAAGGGUAUCUGUAGAAAAGGUGAAAUGAUCAUUGAACAGGGGAUAAAACACGUGCAUACUGCAUAAACUAAAAUACUGGACGUUACAGUUUUCUGCAGCGGAUUGCACUGCUCAACUAACUCCUUAUUGCGUUUGAAUUUACAACAAAGUUUGUGGGACAUCCGUUUUUUGAAUAAAAAUGAACAUAAAAAUAUUGAUAUCGUAUCACGUUUCUUUAAUAGUUUUCCUUCAGUGUACACCUGCGUGCAGUAGUGAAAAGGCUGAUAUUGUUGGAGAAAAUCAUCAUCUGCAGAAUCAUGCAUUGUUACUGAACCACUUUGAAGAUUAUUCUGCCAGUGAUGAAUAUGAAAUUGUAACUCCUUAUGCAGUUGAUCAUCAUGGCAAUCAUAUCCCACACACUGUUAACCACAGUCACUUAAGGAAGCGAUCCCUUGAAAAUGCAGGACUUGAAGCUGUUCAUUUCAAACUGCAUGGAUUUGGUCAGGACUUUUUCUUGGAUCUAAAGAAUUCUGAUGAUUUCCUUGCACCUGGAUUUACAGUACAGACACUGGGAAAAAAUGGCACUAAAUCAGUAGAAGCUUACGAUCCAUUCAGCAGUUGCUUUUACCAAGGAUCUGUUCGAUCUAGAAGGCUUUCAGCUGUAGCACUUUCAACAUGCAGUGGUUUGUCAGGUUUAAUAAGGACACAAGAAGCAGAUUACAUACUGAAACCAUUACCUCAGCACGUUGCACUUAACCAGAAUUACACUGCACCUGAUGGGCAACGCCCACAUAUCCUGUACAAGAGGGCUGCUGAACCAAAACCUCAGGAUAUCAAUAACGAAGUGAUAAUGAUUGAGAGACCAAGGGCAUUUAAACCUGAUGAUAUCAAACACCAGAACCACCAGAGGCAAAAUCACAAAGACCUCAAGAAUGGAAGUAACCAGAAACAACACUACUGUGGAAGGCGUCGGAAAUACAUGCCUAAACCUCCCAAAGAAGACAUAUUUAUUCUGCCAGAUGAAUAUAAAUACCUCUCUAGGAACAAGCGCUCUCUAUUUAAGUCACAGAGGAACGCACAGCUGAACGUGGAGACUCUGGUUGUAGUGGACAAGAAGAUGAUGCAAAAACACGGGAAGGAAAAUAUUACUACCUAUGUUUUGACUAUCCUAAACAUGGUAUCUGCUUUAUUUAAGGAUGGAACUAUAGGAGGCAACAUCAAUGUAAUAAUAGUUGGCCUUAUCCUUCUGGAUGAAGAUCAGCCUGGACUUGUUCUCAGUCAUCAUGCUGACCAUACUCUGAACAGCUUUUGUCAGUGGCAGUCAGAGCUCGAGGGAAAAGAUGGCAGCCGUCACGAUCAUGCCAUCUUACUCACUGGCUUAGACAUUUGCUCCUGGAAGAAUGAACCCUGUGAUACACUAGGAUUUGCACCAAUUAGUGGAAUGUGUAGCAAGUAUCGUAGUUGCACUGUAAAUGAAGACACUGGACUAGGACUGGCUUUUACUAUUGCCCAUGAAUCAGGACACAACUUUGGAAUGGUGCAUGACGGAGAAGGAAAUAUAUGCAAGAAAUCAGAAGGGAAUAUUAUGUCACCAACAUUAUCAGGUCAAGAUGGUGUUUUCUCUUGGUCUUCCUGUAGUCGGCAGUACCUCAACACAUUCUUAAGCUCCACACAAGCAAUGUGUCUUGCUGAUGAGCCAAGGCCAGUGAAGGAGUACAAGUACCCGGAGAAGUUACCAGGACAACUGUACGAUGCAGACAUACAGUGCAAGUGGCAGUUUGGGGAGAAGGCACAAGUCUGCAUGCUGGAUUUCAAAAAGGAUGUUUGCAAAGCACUUUGGUGUCAUCGAGUUGGCCGAAAAUGUGAAACCAAAUUUAUGCCAGCUGCUGAAGGUACUGCUUGUGGUCCUGACAUGUGGUGUCGUCGGGGACAGUGUGUAAAAUAUGGCGAUGAUGGUCCAAAACCGGUACAUGGGCAAUGGUCUGGUUGGUCCUCUUGGUCAUCUUGUUCACGGACAUGUGGGGGAGGGGUUACUUACCAAGAACGGCACUGCACUAAUCCAAGACCUGUGUAUGGAGGAAAAUUCUGUGAGGGCUCAUCUCGCAUGUACAAACUUUGCAAUAUUCAAAACUGCCCUGAACCAAGCAUUGAUUUCAGAGCCCAGCAAUGUGCUGAAUACAACAACAAGCCAUUCCGUGGCUGGUACUAUAACUGGAAGCCGUAUACAAGAGUGGACGAGAAUGAUGCUUGCAAACUGUACUGCAUUGCAGAGGGCUUUGACUUCUUCUUUUCCUUGUCAAGCAAAGUGAAAGAUGGGACAUCGUGUCUGAACUCUAAUGUCUGCAUUGAUGGAGUCUGUGAGACAGUUGGUUGUGACCGUGUUUUGGGUUCCAGCGCACGUCUUGAUGUUUGUGGAGUAUGCAAAGGUAACAAUUCAACCUGCAGACUUUACAAGGGAGUGUACAACAGGCAACAUUACACAAAUCACUACUAUACUGUAGUUACCAUUCCUGCUGGAGCACGUAGCAUUCGUGUUUAUGAGCAGAACACUUCAAAUUCCUACCUCUCUGUUAGAAACUCCUUUCGAAAGUACUACCUUAAUGGACAUUGGACUGUGGACUGGCCAGGACAUUACAAGUUUAGUGGGACAGAGUUUAAUUAUGAGAGGUCUUACAACCGCCAGGAAUCCCUCAGUGCUGCUGGGCCUACAAAUGAAACAUUAGUAUUUGAGAUUUUACUUCAAGGCAUAAACCCAGGCAUCAUCUGGGAGUACGCAGUGGCAAAGUCUGAAAGUGAAAAGAAAAUUCCUCCAAAGCACAACUACACAUGGGCUGUUAUUCGCACAGAAUGCUCUGUUUCCUGUGGUGGAGGUCAGAUGACCACAAGAUCAGCUUGCUAUCGAGAUUUACGCCAGCAAGUAAACACGACUUUCUGCAAUCCCAGAACUCGGCCAGUAACUGGACUCACCUCUUGUAAGAUGGAUCCCUGUCCUCCCAGUUGGCAAGUGGAUGACUGGGGAACAUGUAGUCAGACCUGUGGAGGUGGAGAACAGGUCCGGCGAGUUCAAUGCGUGCAGAAAGUGUAUAACAACAAGGUGAUAACAGUAGAGGACUCCAGAUGUCCUUGGCCUUCUCCAGCCCGUAAGCACAUGUGCAAUAGCCAAAGCUGUCCUCCUGCAUGGAGUGUAGGAACUUGGUCAGAGUGUUCCCGUACUUGUGGAAGAGGAUGGAGAAAGAGAAGUGUCACCUGUAAAAGUACCAAUCCUACAUCCCGGUCUCAAAUUUUGGAUGACAGUGAAUGCAGAGGUGAAUCCAAGCCAAAAACGCAAGAGAAUUGUGCACUUAAACGUUGUCAGAAGCACAAGAAGCUGCAGUGGUUUGUGUCAACAUGGUCUGAGUGUUCAACAACAUGUGGAAAAGGACUUCAGACAAGAUUCUUUAAAUGUGCAGAAAAGCAUAGCUCUGGAAAAUACACUGAAGUUGCAACAAAGAGGUGCUCUCACUUGCAGAAACCUAAACUGGAGCUAGAAAAGUACUGUAUUCACACUGAGUGCCCCAGGCCACACAUAUUUACAAAUAGCAGGAGCAGAGCCAGCUGGUAUGCCUCCCCAUGGUCUCCGUGUACUGUGACCUGUGGGGGUGGAGUACAGACACGCUUUGUACAGUGCUUGGCACAAGGCAGACCAGCAACAGGAUGUCUCCUUCAUCAGAAGCCUAUCACAUCCCAAGCUUGUCAUACAAACUUCUGUCCCUCACCUGAAAAGAAGGAUAUGUUUUGCAAGGAUUUCUUUAACUGGUGCUACCUUGCACCCCAGCAUGGUGUCUGCAAUCACAAGUUUUAUGGAAAACAGUGCUGUAAAUCAUGUUCUAGAUCAAACCUAUAGAGUAGCACAGCCUACCACACAAAUCUCUCUAAUGCACAUGGAUUGCACAUUUCAGACUUGGACUACAUCUGAUGAAGAGAGGAAUUCUUUAAGGUGACCCUUCCUCCUCAAUGUCAGCAGAGUAAGAAAGCACUAUGGAUAAAGCAUAUUCUGUGGUAUUUUUCAAAGUUGAAAAUUCUACAAACACUGCUGAUGUGCCGUCCUUGUUCCUGAAGUUGCAAGAAGCAUCAUUCUCAAGAUUACAGAUAAUUUUUGGUGCAGGUGCACUUUUUACCAUUAAAGAGGGUUACGCAUGACCUUAAUAUUUUGUUAGACUUUUUCAAAUGUGAACAGAACUAUGAAAAUGCAUUUAGAGCAGAAAAGUAGUGCAGAACAAGGGGAAAAGAGACAAAGAGAGUUUGUCUUGGCCUGUUUAUAUUACCUCAUUUCGCUUUAAUAAACUGCGUAUUGAAUAGAACUUGUUGCUUUGAUCAGCAGCUGUUGGAGUCCACUGUAGAAAAACGUCUGUUCACUUGCACUCGGGAUGCUUACCAGUUGCAGUUCAGUAGUGCUGUGAGAUUGUUGCCUUAUGCUGAAAUCUCAUAAUAGCCCUCUUGAGAGGAAGAUCAUUAAUUCUAUUGUUAAGCAACAUACCUGAUGGGGCAGAUAUGAGCUUAAAAAAGGAUUGCUAAACAAAAGAAUCGGCACAGCUUGGAGGAUAAAGUUAAAUGGUGCUUUUUCCUGAAGACAUGAGUAAUUUUCAGUGCUAUUAAUAGUUCUUUAAUACUGUAUGAACAAUAAUUCUGUGUAUGUGCUUUGCAGCUUUUUACUUUUAAACAUGCUGUCCCUAAAUAGAAACACAGGUUUCAGAAAAAAAACAGUUCCUUUAAUGAUGCAUAAAAAAGUUGGUGCUGAUUAUACCAGUCAAAUGCAGAGUUAUGGUGCUACUAUAUUAGGUACAAGCUUGAUAGCAGUACUGUUAGGAACAUUAUUUGUUAGUGUUUUGACUGUGUCCUUUCUACUGGAUGAGUGCUCAUAAACUUGAGAUAGAAUAUGUUUUACAUUAACACGCUGUAAUGUGUUGUGUAUCAGUUUCAGAACUGCCUUGAUGUCGAGACUGCACUGUGCAGUUGUAUUUUAAA